CGUCAUCUGUUAUCCGGAAACUACACCUUUUCAUGCGGAGAUUUUCAAUACUAAAACAACAACGAUCUAAAUGUAGAAACUGAUAGAAGAUUGCAGUCUUAAUUAUCUGAUGCUAAGAAUUCCUCAAUAAAAUAUAAUUUAAGUUAAGAAAGAUAUCGAUUUUCCGACCUCUAGUUGCUCAGACGGAUAAUUACGAUAACAGUUGUCAAUCUAGUAUGAGGAAAAUCUGAAGAAAUGGAAAUCUAAAUCUAAGCUGCUUUGCUCGCGGGUAUAUAUGUAUUUUAUCUUUCGUAUCGAAUAGAUAAUAUGCAGAAUUAAAUAAUAACAUUCAGUGUGCAUCAGUAAGAAGUUGAAAUACUGCUGUUGUUAUCUCUUCUGGCGGCGUCAACGUAGCUUCACGUGGAUACAUGAAAACAAGCAUAGAUGUACGCAUUUUCUUUGAAGAUUUGACCGAAUUAUGCUGUCUUAAGGAUAGAAACUAUCAAAGAACUUCAAAACAUUUGAAAGACGAUUUAAUUCAGUCAGGAUAUAACCUCAAAUAGUAAUCUAUGUCUACUCUGCGGAACAGGUUUUGCUCAUUGUUGAUGGACGUACGGUGACCUAAAGCAGUUAAUUCUACUUUAUUUGGUCUCUGAUGGAGAUGUGAAGCUCAGAAAAAAUUUCUAACAAUGAGUAACAACACUUCGAACAUUCCAAGAUCGCCUAGAUUAAGCACACCAGAUAAUCUUCUUCAACUUUGUUUACGAGAUCAUUACGAUAUUUUGCGAGAACUUGGAAGAGGAACAUACGGCAAAGUCGUUUUGGCAAAAUGCAGAGAAACUGGAACUAAUAUUGCCCUGAAAAUCCUUCCAAAGACGCACGUUAAACUGAAGGAAUUUCAAAGGGAAUUUAACCUUAGCUACUUUCUGUCGCCUCAUACUAAUAUUGUUGACACAUACAAUGUUGCAUUCGAAACCAGAGUUUCUUUUGUAUUCGUACAGGAAUUUGCGCCUUUCGGUGACCUUUUUGAUCUCAUUUCGCCACAGGAAGGAAUGUCAGAAAAAGAUUCAAAAACCGUAAUGAAACAAAUUUCGUCGGCACUGGACUUCAUGCAUAGUAAGCAAUUGGUACAUCGAGAUAUCAAACCUGAAAACAUUCUAGUGUUUGAGAAAGACUUCAGCAAAGUUAAGCUUAUGGAUUUCGGCAUGUCAAGAAAAGAAGGUACAAUAGUUAGAAAAGUGAAUGGAUCCAUUCCAUACACACCUCCGGAAAUUUGUGAUGCCGUCAGAAACGAAAGCAUCAGUGUCUCUUCUUCCGGUGACAUGUUUGCAUAUGGAGUAUUGCUUUUCUGUAUGUUGACGGGGAAUUUUCCAUGGGAAAAUGCUGACAUCAGUGACAUUUACUAUAACGAAUUUAUUCAAUGGCAACGAAGAAAAACGACCAAAAUUCCAUCCCAAUGGCGAAAAUUCACACCUCGUUUAAUGAGGUUCUUUAGAAAGGCACUUGACUGUAAACCGGAAAGACGAUGUGAGGUGAAAGACAUUAGUAAAUACAUUAACGACAAUUGGUUACGUCAAACCAAAACGUCUAACGACAGUGAUUUUGAAGAUGACGUCACGGAUAGUGAUCACAUGGACAAAUUAACAAAUAUUUUACAAGAUCACGGUAUUGAAACUAAAGUAGACAAACGAUUGCGGGAACGCAGAAUUUCUGAAUGGUUGCUAGCAUCGUAAUAUAUAUACCAAUACAUCACUCACCAGAGAGCUUUCAUUAAAGUAUAUAUUCAUAAAAUUUAUUUGAAAAUAAACAGAUAUGUCAUAUUUUA